AUGGCUACCGUCACGUACGAUAACACCUCCCCUGGACCUGCCGACGAUUCUCCCGCCUCAACUGCACACAGUGCACCUCCUCCUGAUCCUCGGUCAGACGAAGAGCCCCAGCACCUCCUUCCAAUGCCCAUGCCCGUGCCCGCGCCCCUCUUCUCUACGUCCGGUGACCUCUCUAAGGAUGCAGCAAGUGAGGCGUUUGCUGAUUUUUCUGCCCUGCCAUCCACCGUCUCUGGUCUCGAUGACAUUAACUGGGACGAAUGGAUCCUGUUCGACUCCUCCCCUGUCGAUUUUACCCCACCGUCACUCCAACUGUCGGAUUUUUCCGACGACCCCAUCGAGGAGGCUCACCCAAGCCCGAGCGACGUUGCUGAUGACCCACCCAAUCGACGAGAGCCAACCCCUCCCCUGGCCUCAGACAAUCGCGAAGGCAACACAUUGAAGGAGCCGUUGAAUUACUCCGAUGGUUCCGUCAAGGCUGACCCACACACAGGCGAGGAACCCAACGUCCAAGUCCACCGAUCAGAGCAGAUUAUCCCCCUGGUGUCCGGCCAUUGGGAAGGCGAUGCGUUGGGGGAGACGCUGGAUAAGCAGGAAUACAUUAUCUUGCCCCUUUCUCAGGUGAAGAUUCUGAAGCUGGUGUAUAAGCGAGACGGGGAUGAGAUGUACCAGAUGGUAGGGCGGAUAGAUUUACAAGAAACACGCGGAUAUGGCACACAAGGAAAGCUGUGGAAGUGCUUGGGUUCUGCUGGGCGAGUUCCGGGGGGUUACGAGGUGUAUGCCAAGAUGACAUUGGACGAUUUGCAGGAGCAUGGAGGGUUGGAACUGUUGGCAGCUUACUGGAAUAACGAAUGUCGUCGAACGAGGUCACGUGGAUUAUGUCAGCAUUGA